UGCACCCAUCAAUCAUCUCGACAGUGUCCCACGCUGUUCUGCUCUUGCUUAUAAGAAUCCUCUGCAAGCCACAAGUGCUCCCGAGGCCUGGAACUCGUCAAUGUUCAUAGAAUUGCUUCAGACUCUCUAGAUUUUUGAUGGGAACUUUUGUGGGACAUUUAAUCCCGGGGUUUGCCGUAGCACUUCUCGGUCUAUGGCACAUUCUCAACAUGGCCCAAGCCUUCUUCCACAAAGGCCCUGAUAACUUCAAGGCAAGAUUCUCAUACCCCUUGAAUAUCCCCUUCCUCAAUCUGCGGAACCUCGAUCUUGUCCUCAUCCUAUCCUUAUCCAUCCUCGCGAUCAUCACCCAAGUCCUGGACUUCCCGAUUGUCAAGUUGGAAUUUAGGCUCGAUAACUUCGAGCAUGCGACUAUGUUCCUUCACCUUCUAGUGUAUUCAGGAUACGCCCUCUUCGCAGAACUGACCCAGACAGCAGAGAGUCUCUAUGGGGUUAUCGCAGUUCUUGCAAGUUCAGUGUUUGGCCAAGAGCUCUUCCUCCUCCACUUCCACUCGACUGAUCACGUCGGGAUUGAAGGGCAAUAUCACUGGCUCCUGCAGCUCAUUGUACUAGUCUCAUUCCUCUCGGCUAUAACUGUAACUCUAUCCCCCACAAGCUUUCCCGCCUCUCUCGUCCUUGCAGUCUCCGUGGUCUUCCAAGGGCUUUGGUUCAUAAACAUGGGAUUCAUGCUGUGGGUCCCCAAGCUGGUCCCAAACGGCUGUGCCCUACAUUUAGGCCUGCCUGCGCAUCACGGGGAGCCAACUGUUGUCUGUGCAUCCAAGGAUGCAGACUCGAGGGCGCGGGCCCUUGCCAACUUGCAGUUCAGUUGGAUACUAUCUACUGUGCUGGUGCUCACUGGGAUCCUCUGCCUGAAGCUAGCCAGCAGCAAGGGAACUACUGGAAAAAGGUCAGCCGAGUAUCAAAAGCUUCAGAACGGGAGCGGAGGAGAUUUGGGUCUGACCCUAUCAAUCAGGAGCUUCAAACCAGAUCACUCCUUGGGCGUAUAGGAUCAACCGAUAAUUAGACUCCUUGGGGAGGAACUACUGAUCAAGGUUUGGGAUAAUUAUCCGAUAUUAUGUCAGAACCUACUACGCGAAUAAAGCGUGUUUGCCCUCGGUUGUAAUUACACUCAUGCUCCGACCAUGAAUCCGUGAUAGUUCCUAUGUAAGACCCAUUUAUCGGGAUAUAGUGUGACAGCAAUAUUAGGUGCUUGAUCGACCGUUACCCGGUUUGAGCUGCU